GAAACACAAACAGUAUAAAAGAGACUCUGUACAGCCAAGGCUUCAGGAGCUAAACCGAGGAAAACAUUUCUGCUGAGAGGUUGGAGGAAAUCAAAUUAAUAAUAAAUUCAUCUAUCAUUGUUCUCAAAGGCUUUCUGAAGGCAACAUGUUUUAAAUCUUUGCAGGUGAUUUUGUUCUUAAUCUCCAUCUUUUCCAAAAUGAAGACUGUGACUGCGCUGCUAUUCUUUGGUGCCUUCUUGGCUCUGAAUGAAGCUGCUGCUUUUCCAGAUCCCGAAGUUCAACCUGACGAUCCUGUUCCAGACGUUGUUCCAGAAGCAGAAGGUGGAAACUGGGCAGAAAAAGCAGACCUCGAUCCUGAGGAGGAGGAAACUCAUCCAGAUGCUGACCUGAUGAUGAGUAAAAUAUCCUGUCCUGUCGGCUGGUCUGGAUUCGGGAAUCGAUGCUUCCGGUAUUUUGGAUUAUUCAGAACUUGGGCUAGAGCUGAAAGACACUGCUUGUCCCUGGGAGCACAGCUGGCAUCCGUCCACAGUUUAUUAGAACACCAUCAGAUUCAGAACCUGAUUUCAGAAUCAGGUGGUGGCGAUCAGGAAACGUGGAUUGGAGCAUCUGACGCAGAAGAGAAUUCCUUUUGGUUCUGGAGCGAUGGGAGGGUUUUUCAAUUUACAAACUGGUGUAGUGGACAGCCGGAUAACUUGGGGGCAAAGCAGCACUGCGUGCUUAUGAAUCAUUCAGCGAACAAGUGCUGGAAUGAUGAGCAAUGUGCCUUUAGCCGACCGUAUGUGUGUGUCAAAAAGCUCUGAUGGCUCCACGGCUCCCAAAGAAGUCAAACAUACAAGCAGCAGAGGAAAUAUGUUGGAUCUUUUCACCCUAUCCAGCAUCGUGUAUAUUUUUAAGAAUUAAACCUUUAACUAGUCAUGUGCAAAAACAAUCGAUUGUUUAAUGAAUAAUUUCUCUUUGUUUUUCUUUAUAAAGCACUGCAACAACAUGCCAUGUAAUAUUUUGUAAUGUAACUGUGUCUAAUAAACACCUUUAAAAUGUUACUCUC